UUUAAUUUGAGUCAAAAAAAUGAUCGUAAUAUAGUAUUUCAGUGGUGAACCUUCUGAAAUAAAGAAAUAAAAAUUUUUCAAUGGAUAUGAAUGUAGAUACUUAGUGAAUACAAAAAAUGAGAGUGUCAUUAUUGCUAAUUUUUCGAGUUUUAUACUUUUUUGAUGUAUAUGGACUCACAAGUGCUUGGGACAAUGAUGAGUUGGAGGUAUUUGAUGUGGUUGAAGAAAUAAACCAAAAUUUUUAUGAGAUUCUUGGGGUUACACAGGUUGCAAAUGCAUCAGAGAUUAAAAAAGCUUUCAGACGAUUGUCACUGCAAUUGCAUCCAGAUAAAAAUUCUGCAGAGGAUGCAGAGCAACAGUUUAGAAAACUAGUUGCUGUGUACGAUAUAUUGAAAGAUCCUGGAAAACGGCAAAGGUAUGACAAUGUACUGAUUAAUGGGUUACCAAACUGGCGAUCAGCUGUAUAUUAUUAUCGCCAUGUGCGGAAAAUGGGACUUUUAGAAUUAGGAAUAAUUUUAUUUUUACUUAUUACAAUUGGACAAUAUGUGGUCGCAUGGGCUGCAUAUUUUGAAAAAAGAUAUACAUAUGAGCAAGUUUUAGGUAGUAAACUUCAAAAAAUGCAGAAGAAGAAUAAGAAAGGAAAAAUGGAUGUGCCAGAUCUUGCAGAUAUCUUAGAGAAAAUCCCUACACCAACAAUCUGGAACACUCUUCCAUUCCAGUUUCCAAGGUGGAUAAUAGCCUUUACACUAUCCAUACCUGAGAUUAUACGUGUGAUGCAUGGUGUAUUGGAAGAAAGGAAACGCAGAAAAAAGCAGGAAGAGGAAGAAGCAUUAAUGCAAGAGAAUGAACAACUUGAAUCAGAAUCCACGUCCCGCACGAGAAGACGCAGAACUGGUUUCACUCCGCAAGAAAGGAGUGGUAAUGGUGUUAAAGAGGUGUUUAAGAAAGAACAAACAAAUCAUAUUUAUCAGAAAACUGCUGUUUCUGGUGGAUUAUGGACGGACGAUGAUAUAUUAGAACUAAUAAAACUUGUAAAGAAAUAUCCUAGUGGAACAUCUGAGAGAUGGGAUAAAAUUGCAGAUGCAAUGAACCGUACAGUUACCGAAGUUACGCAUAUGGCAAAAAAGAUAAAAGAUGAAGGGUUAAAACCUGGUGCAGUCACAGAGGAAACUAUAGUAGAAGAACGUCCAAAAAAAAUGAAAACACGUGCAGAAAAUGUGGAGAAUAUUGGCGAAUGGAGUCAAGAACAACAAAGAGCUCUGGAAGCAGCUCUUAUAAAAUAUCCAAAAGGCAUAACCAUAGAUAGAUGGGAAAAAAUCGCGAAUUGCAUUGAAGGAAAAAAUAAGGAUGAGUGUCAAGCAAGGUGUAGACAAUUGGUGGAAUUAGUAAAAAAGAAACACAUUCAAUAGCCUGCCAUGUACAAGAUGUUCCUUCAACAAAAAAUGUAGUUCAAUAUUGAUAAAGUCCAAACACAGAAAAAAAGAAAAGACAUAGUAUUCGAUCUUAAGAUGAUAGAUAUUUCACGGCUGUUAUACAACGUUUACAAGGUGAAUUACAGAUUUUUUAGGAGUAUACUUACACAAAGAUGAUACAUUAAGAGAGAUUAAGAGAAAAAAGAAAACUUUAUA